GCGCGGAGCUCCCCGGCGGCGCGGUCCCGGCGGCGCGGGCGGCAUGAAGACGAACCGCCGCGGCCGAGCGCUCCUGGCCGUGGCCCUGAACCUGCUGGCGCUGCUCUUCGCCACCACCGCCUUCCUCACCACUCACUGGUGCCAGGGCACGCAGCGGGUGCCCAAGCCGGUCUGCGGCCAGGGCGGGAGCGCCAACUGCCCCAACUCGGGCGCCAACGCCACGGCCAACGGCACCGCCGCCCCCGCCGCCGCCGCCGCCGCCGCCGCGGGGAACGGCCCCCCUGGCGUCGCGCUCUACAGCUGGGAGACGGGCGACGACCGCUUCCUCUUCAGGAAUUUCCACACCGGCAUCUGGUACUCGUGCGAGGAGGAGCUCGGCGGGCUCGGUGAAAAAUGCCGCAGCUUCAUUGACCUGGCCCCAGCAUCAGAGAAAGGGGUCCUGUGGCUGUCGGUCGUCUCCGAGGUGCUCUACAUCCUCCUGCUGGUGGUUGGUUUCAGCCUCAUGUGUCUCGAGCUCUUCCACUCCAGCAAUGUCAUCGACGGGCUCAAGCUCAAUGCCUUUGCGGCCGUCUUCACGGUGCUCUCAGGCCUCCUGGGAAUGGUAGCCCACAUGAUGUACACGCAGGUGUUCCAGGUCACCGUGAGCCUCGGCCCUGAAGACUGGAGGCCCCAUUCCUGGGACUACGGGUGGUCCUUCUGCCUGGCGUGGGGCUCCUUUACCUGCUGCAUGGCAGCCUCUGUCACCACGCUCAACUCCUACACCAAGACGGUCAUUGAGUUCCGGCACAAGCGCAAGGUCUUUGAGCAGGGCUACCGGGAGGAGCCGACCUUCAUAGACCCUGAGGCCAUCAAGUACUUCCGGGAGAGGAUAGAGAAGGGGGAUGGGAACGAGGAGGAGGACCUUCACUUGGAUUGCCGCCACGAGAGAUACCCUGCCCGAUACCAGCCACACAUGGGAGAUUCCUGGCCCCGGAGCUCUGCACAGGAGGUGCCGGAGCUGAACCGCCAGUGCUGGGUCCUGGGGCACUGGGUGUGACAGCGACCAACCUGGCUCCAGACCUCGGGCCGUCAUCGGCAAGACCACCCUGCUGCAAGACCACUGGUCUGGCGCCUUUGGAAACCUGGCCUGUGUGGGACACAUGUGGCCUGCCCUGCCCGCCGCUGCCUGGGUCUCAGGGUCCUGGAAACGGGGCCAGGGCAGCCGGAGGGACUGCACAGAGCUGCACAGCGUGACUCUGGGACAGCAACUCCUAACUCUCGCCACUGCCACCCGCAGAGCCCUGCUGGGUGCAGCUGGGAUGCCGGGAAAGACACAGACCUCGGCCACUGAAAACCUGGGACCCACGAGCCAGCGGGGAAGUUCAGCAGGUCCUCUGUGGGCGGAGCCCUGCGGGGGGGCAGGGAAUGGGUGGGGCUUCCUGGAGGAGGGGCAGUGGCAUUGGCACCAGGGGGAUCACACAGCAGGCACACAGCAAGGGCUCAAUAAAUGCUUGUUGAAUCUGUUUCCUUGCCGUGUGUGGAGGCCAGUUGCUCUCUGGGCUGUGGCUGCCCCCUCAUGGCCCCCCCCAUCAGGUCCCUAAGGAACCUGAAGAUGAGACAGCCCUGAGUGUGCUGGUCAGGGCCAGACACUGAAGCAUGGGCGGGUGGGGC